GGAAGGGACCUCGCCAGCUCACCAUGGUUCUCUUUUUGGCUCUGAGCUGCCUGCUGCCGGGCCUCGCUCUGACGAUGUCCGUGGAGGGAAGGGCUGCACCAGACCUGAGUACUUACAAUUCCGUGGAGGAGAGAGUUCAGCCAGAUCUUAGCACGUAUAAUUCUGUGGACGAGAGGGUUCAGCCAGAUCUUAGCACGUAUAAUUCCGUGGAGGAGAGGGUUCACCCAGAUCUUAGCACAUAUAAUUCUGUGGACGAGAGGGUUCACCCAGAUCUUAGCACGUAUAAUGUGGACGAGAUGUACCUACGUGGAGACACCGAGGAUUCUGGUCCCGUGGAGGAGCCCUUCGAACAGACCAACCCGGACGUCGUCGAUGGCAAAAACCUCUUCGAGAAGGAUAUCAUGCUGACGGAGGCCCAGUGGGAGCAGGUGCUGGCGAGGAAGGGCUUGGCCGCCGAGUCGAGGCGCUGGCCCGAGGACGCCUCUGGGACUCCGCGCGUCAAAUACCGCUUCGCCGACGGUGAGUGGCUUCGUUGCGGGCGGGUUGUUGGGCGUGGUGUCUCGUCUUCCUUGGCUUUCCUUCUGGGGGGUUCUACGUACAAUUCUCUCUGUGUAGUGCAAUAG